GUAAUUAGUUAAACCUUAAAAAAAAGCAUGGCCGACAGAAACUCUGUUGUGGAUGAGACUGUGAAAAAUGAAAAUGAAGAGCAGGAAAAUGAAGACGAAAAUGAAGUUGUAAAUGAUGUAGAAGGAACUGAAGCCCCAAAAAAGAAAAAGAAGAAAAAGAAAAAGAAGAAGACAGAAGACUUAGAUGGAGCAGUCAAUGGAGUUGCUGAUGAUUUGGAAAAACAGAAGAUCAAUGAUGCUCAAGGGGAAGGAGCCAGUGAAGAAGCUGGUGAAGGACAGAAGAAAAAGAAGAAAAAGAAGAAGAACACAGGACAGAAACAACAGACUAGUCCCCCAACUAUCCCAAUAUCAGAACUGUUUCCUGACGGGAACUACCCAGAGGGCGAAAUAAUGGAAUACCCAGUGGUGCAAGACAGUACAACAGCUAAAGACAGAAUGACAAAUGAAGAGAAGCGAGCUCUGGAUCGGGCCAACAAUUACAUUUACCAGGAAGUCAGGCAAGCUGCUGAGGCCCACAGACAGACAAGAAAAUACAUGAAAGAAUAUAUUAAACCCGGAAUGACCAUGAUUGAUAUUUGUGAGACGUUGGAAACCUCGGCCAGGAAGUUGAUCAAUGAGAACAAGCUGGAGGCGGGGCUUGCGUUCCCGACAGGGUGCUCACUGAACCACUGUGCCGCCCACUACACGCCCAAUGCUGGGGACCCCACUGUCCUUGGGGUUGACGAUGUCUGCAAAAUCGACUUUGGAACACACAUUAAUGGAAGGAUUAUAGACUGUGCAUUCACCUUAUCUUUCAACCCUAAAUAUGACAGAUUACUUCAAGCUGUCAAAGAUGCAACAAACACAGGCAUUAAGGAGUCAGGUAUAGAUGUGAGAUUAUGUGACAUUGGGGAGAGGAUCCAGGAAGUGAUGGAAUCUUAUGAGGUGGAAUUAGAUGGCAAAACUUAUCAGGUCAAAUCCAUACGCAAUCUCAAUGGUCACUCCAUCAGUCCCUAUAGGAUCCAUGCCGGGAAAACCGUCCCCAUCGUAAAGGGAGGGGAGGCCACAAGAAUGGAGGAAAUGGAAUUUUAUGCCAUAGAGACUUUUGGAAGUACAGGAAAGGGGGUUGUCCAUGACGAUAUGGAAACAUCACAUUACAUGAAGAACUUUGAGGUUGGACACGUCCCUCUGAGGGUACAAAAGUCUAAACAGCUGCUAAGCGUGAUAAACCAGAACUUUGGGACAUUAGCCUUCUGUCGGCGCUGGCUGGACCGACUGGGACAGACUAAAUACCUCAUAGCACUCAAAAACCUGUGUGAUGUAGGUAUCCUGGACCCCUACCCUCCACUGUGUGACACCAAAGGGUGCUACACGGCCCAGUUUGAACACACCAUCCUCCUCAGACCCACAUGUAAAGAGGUCAUCAGCCGUGGUGACGAUUACUAGAAACAAGGAGGAAGCAACCCUGCUUUAUCUGAAACAGAUAUAUGUCUUUCCUGAUCAUUAUUUUUUUGGGGCUUUAAAGAAUUUUAUUUGUUUCCUGUAUCGUUGUUUUUCUCAAGACUUACAGUUAAUGUUAUUAUAGGAAAAGCUGUGGUCAACUGUGACGUUGAAAAUUGAUAAAACAGGAAUACCAUAUCUCAAAACCAUUUUCUUCUUUCUUUUUCUUUUUUUUCAAUAAUGUCAGGAAAUAACAAUGGAGGAAAGUGAUGUGUUUGAUACAUACAUUAUGUAAUUAUGCAAUGCGGAAUAAAGAGUUAUCAGAAAUGUAACAAA